AUGUCAGUCGACUUCGAAAACGACGUUCUUCUUCUCACUUGCGCGAGCGGCAACCAAUGCUCGCAAUUGAUCCCUCUCCUCUACAAGAAAUGGCAGAACCUGAGGCUAGCCGUGAACACUACGUUAUCGGAAGAGCUCCUGAAGACAACCUAUCCCAACGCAACAGUUGUGCGAGCCGACAUGUCCCGCCCGGAGGAUGCGAGGCGCAUCUUGUCAGGAGUCACGGCUGUACUCUAUAUUGGGCCAUCUCUUCACAACCAUGAAACGGAAAUCGGGUACACCAUGAUCGACGCUGCACGUCAAGAAGCCCAGCAUGGAGCACUAAAGCAUAUUCGUCUUCUCCUCCGUGCUGCAUCCGCAAAUCCGCAAAUUGAUGAAUCACGAUUGCAAGCGUUACGACUCAACUACACUAUUGUUCAACUCAGUCAUAUCCUGGACCAAUUUUCCGUCGAGAAAUUGCUGCAAUCGGAAGAACCUGUUUUCCCUGCCAGUUUUGAUCUACAGGUAACGUUCUCGUUCACCGUCCUGCAUGAUCUGGCGGAGGCAUUUGCGGUCAUUCCGAAUGAGAGAGAAAACCAUUAUUUGGCAGAGUACACAGCCUGCUCCACUGGACCAACUUCCUAUGCUGAAGUGAUUUCGAUGCUGAGCGAAGAAAUGGGUAGACCUAAUACAAUCGUUAAAAAGGACUACUUCGAAUCCGCAGAUCAGUUCCAAAAUAUGCUGGCUGGGAAGAAUGGUGAAGUUUCACCUGGUGCCCGUGAUGCGAUCCAUCGGUUAUUACUCUAUUACAACUUUUAUGGAAUCAAAGGCAACACGAACGUGCUAAAGUGGUUAAUUGGACGAGAACCCACAACUAUCAAGGGCUUUCUCCACCAGAAAGUCUUAGGAUAUCGUAAGUAA